GUUGUCGCUCCAGCGCUGUCGCACUCCGCGCUUCGACCACACUGCUGCCGCUCCGCCCGGCGCCCCCCCCCCCGCGCCCCCGUGCGGCCGCCGCCCCGCACGGCCUCCCCGUGCGGCCCGCGAGCGCCGUGGCCCCCCCCCGGGGGGGGGAUGCUCGGCCUGCCCGACGCGCGCGGCCACCGCGCCGGCUACUCCGCCGUCGCCGGCAACGAGGACCUCUCCGACUGCUGCGGCGCGCCCCUCUGCGCCCCCAGCGCCGACGGCGGCGGCGAGGCCUGCUGCGCUGUCGCGUGCGGCGGCGGCGGCGGUGCGUACGACGACUCCGCCGCGGACUGCGACGCGUGCGGCUGCGCCGACCGGGGCACCACGGUCCUGAGCUACGUGGGGCCGGGGGGCGAGUACGAGACCACGUACCGGUACGUCGGCGGCGGCGCCGGGCAGUUCGGCGUGCUGCGCGUCCCGGGCGCGGGCCCGAGCUGCUGCUGCGUGCUGACGGCCCCCCUCCUGCUGCUGCUGCUGGCCGCGUGCCUGCUCCUGCUCGCGCCGCGGGCGGCCACCUCCACCACGACGGCGCCGCCCGUGGCCGUCACCUCCCGGGCGCCGCCGGCGAUGCCGCCGACGACCGCCACGCCGCCGAUCGAGUGCGGCGAGGGCGAGGAGGCGCAGUGGACCGAGCGGAAGAGGGAGUGGUGCUGCGACCGGGAGGGCAAGGGCUGCCCCGAGCCCGAGGCCUCCUCCCGACCGCCGGUGCCGCCCGCGCUGCCGGCCGAGACCACGACGCCGUGCCCGAUCGACUGCGGAGCGGGGUACAAUGACCUGGAUCCCCUGCAGUGGGUGCACGGGUGGUCUGCCGCCAAGAAGGGGCCGCGGACUGCUGCAAGGUGCACGGCCGGGGCUGCCCGUCCGAGCUGCCGCCGCCGUCCGGCCUGCCUCCCUCGGGUGUCCCGCCGGAGCCGGAGAAGAGGGACUACGAUUGCGACGCCGGCUACCACGAUUGCAUGCGCUGCCUGGAGGAGCGGCUCCUCGCUCCUUUCCGCCCAAUGCUCUCCUCCCUCUUGGACCCCCUCCCUUCUCCCUCCUCCCUCGCUCUCUUCCUUCCCCCCUUUCCCUCGUCCACCGUUCCCCUCCUCGCCCUCCUCGCCGUCCUCCACCUUGCCCUUCUCUAGCUCGUUCUCCUCUCUUUUUCUGAGCCCGAAGGUAUCCUGGUCUCCGAAGAAGAUCAGAUGGUGCUGCGAGCACCGCCACAAGGGCUGCAGGGGCGAGGCGGCUGCGUGAGCCCUGGGAGGCAGUGUGGCCCGUCGCCCGAGGCGGGGCGAUGGGUGUCUCCGUGUGGUCAACAUCAACAGCAGGUUCGCGACUCGGCGGGGACGUCGGCGCGCGCGUUCGAGUGUGAACGCCCUCCAGGGGC